AUGGAGCUGCUACUAAUGGUAAUGGUUCAUCUGUUAUUUCUACCGGCCAACGCAGAGGUUCUCAAGCUGACCUUUUGGAUCGAGCCCGUUCAGCGGGCGGACUUCGAUGCGGACAUGGUGGUGGUUCUCAAGGAACUGGAGGCCCUUCGUCUGGAUGUUAGGAUCGCCGACACGUCCUUGACCCUGACCCGCUCGGAAGAUGGUUUGGACAUGCAGAGGUUCUGUGAAAUCCUAUCGAGUGUCGGCACCAGCGCCGUAAUCGACCUGACCUACCGCCACUGGGAGGAGGGCUACGACCUGGUCCGCUCCCUGGGCAUCGGCUACGUGCGUCUGGAGCGGCUGAUGCGACCCUUCCUGGACAUGUUCGGGGACUUUAUGCGCCAGAAGCGGGCCAAUAACGUGGCCAUGGUCUUCAUGAAUGCCCGCGACACCGGCGAGGCCAUGCAGCAGAUGCUCAUUGGCUAUCCCUUCCGCACGAUCAUCCUGGACGCCAGUCAGACCGAUCCCGGCCAGAAUUUCCUCGAUCGCAUCCGCUCGCUGCGCCCGCCGCCCACUUAUGUGGCCUUAUUCGCCCGGGCGGCCGCCAUGAACGGACUUUUUGACAAGGUCCAAAAGGCUGGACUCUUCCAGCGUCCGUUGGAGUGGCACUUCGUGUUCCUGGACACUCGGGAUCGGGUAUUCAAGUACCGCCGGCAGGCGGAACUGUGCACCCGGUUCACAUUGAGUCCUCGGGCAAUCUGCCGGUCAAUGCCCAUGCCGGAUCUUUAUUGCGGAAGUGGAUUCACGAUCCAGCGCGCCAUGCUGCUGAAUGUGCUGCGCAGCCUGAUAAACGCGGCGCAGGUGAGUCCCCUGUAUCCAUCGGGCAUUUACCAGGACUGCAAUGCCACCGCCAUGUCCUCCUCCUCGGAGGUAUCUGGGGAUGAUCUCCCCGAUGACGACCACAACUGGCUGGACAUGGUGCACUGGAGCAACUUCCUGGCCUACGCCUCGCCGCCGCCGCGCGUCCAGGAUCAAUCCGGUAGCCCCCUGCCCGGCUUGACCUUCGCGGUGAACAUCUCGGCCGGCUACUGGAGCUCCGAGCACGAGGCCAAAACGGAUCUGGCCGCCUGGUCGUCGGUGGCCGAGAUGCGGCUCCUCAACGAGACAAUCAGUCCCGCGCGUCGCUUCUUUCGCAUCGGCACAGCCGAGAGCAUUCCGUGGAGCUAUUUGCGUCGCAACGAGCGAACCGGUGAGCUGCUCCGCGAUCGCAGUGGUUCGCCCAUCUGGGAGGGCUACUGCAUUGACUUUAUCGUGCGACUCUCACAGAAGCUCAACUUUGAGUACGAAAUUCUGGCGCCCGCUGUGGGGCAUAUGGGCGAGGUGAACGAACGCGGCGAAUGGGAUGGCGUGGUGGGUGAUUUGAUUCGUGGUGAGACUGAUUUCGCCAUUGCCGCGUUGAAGAUGUAUUCGGAAAGGGAGGAGGUGAUAGAUUUUCUACCUCCUUACUACGAACAAACGGGCAUUUCGAUUGCUAUUAGGAAACCUGUGCGUCGGACUUCGCUAUUCAAAUUCAUGACCGUUCUGCGCGUGGAGGUCUGGCUGAGCAUCGUGGCGGCGCUGGUGGGCACGGCCAUAAUGAUCUGGUUCAUGGACAAGUACUCGCCGUACAGCUCGCGGAACAAUCGGGCUGCUUAUCCGUAUGCCUGCCGGGAGUUUACUUUGCGGGAGAGCUUUUGGUUUGCCCUCACCUCGUUUACUCCACAGGGCGGCGGCGAGGCACCCAAGGCGAUUUCGGGUAGGAUGUUGGUGGCUGCUUACUGGCUGUUCGUAGUCCUCAUGCUGGCCACUUUUACCGCCAAUCUGGCCGCCUUUCUCACCGUGGAACGCAUGCAGACGCCUGUUCAGUCACUGGAGCAGCUGGCCCGCCAGUCGAGGAUCAACUACACCGUGGUCAGAGAUUCCGAUACCCAUCAGUAUUUCGUGAAUAUGAAGUUCGCCGAGGAUACGCUGUACCGGAUGUGGAAGGAGCUGGCUUUGAAUGCCAGCAAGGACUUUAAGAAGUUUCGCAUCUGGGAUUAUCCUAUUAAGGAGCAAUAUGGACACAUCCUGCUGGCCAUCAACAGUUCGCAACCGGUGGCGGAUGCCCGGGAGGGAUUCGCCAAUGUGGAUGCCCACGAGAAUGCCGACUAUGCGUUUAUCCAUGACUCGGCGGAGAUCAAGUACGAGAUCACGAGGAACUGUAAUCUCACCGAGGUGGGCGAGGUGUUUGCCGAGCAACCAUAUGCCGUGGCCGUUCAGCAGGGCAGCCAUUUGGGCGACGAACUGAGCUAUGCCAUCCUCGAACUGCAGAAGGAUCGGUUCUUCGAGGAGCUGAAGGCCAAGUACUGGAACCAGUCGAAUCUGCACAACUGUCCGCUGUCCGAGGACCAGGAGGGCAUCACUUUGGAGAGUCUGGGCGGCGUCUUCAUCGCCACCCUCUUCGGACUCAUCCUGGCCAUGAUGACGCUCGGCAUGGAGGUGAUGUACUACAAGAAGAAGCAGCGGAGCACGCUGCAGAUCACCCAGGUGCGUCCGGUGGAUGAGUCUGGCGAUUCCUCGACUGCUCCGCCCACCGCCAGCAGUACGACAAAGCAGGCGUGGCACAUGCCCAAUCCGGAGGAGCAGAAGGAGAAGGAGCAGAAGGAUAAGCAGGUGUCGCCACCGCCCUCCUUCGAGGCGGCCACCUUUCGGGGCAAGAAACUGCCCGCCCGGAUCACCCUGGGCGAUGGCAAGUUCAAGCCGCGGCAGGGACUAUACGCGCGGAAGAACCUCGGUGCCACCGACUCCUCCCAAGGGGGCUACAUGGAGUAA